CGUCAAUAUCAACUGACAAUAAUAAUAACAUAACCUAUUAAUUUUUAUGAAAAAAAGCACUAAACACUUAAAAAAUCAUAUGUUUCCAUUAAAAACUCCUUUAAAAGUGACAAUUUUAAGUACUACUUAAUUUUUUAUUAACCUCAGACAUUUUUAUUACCUAUAAAAAUGACCGAAUUCACUCCAGAAGAGCUAGAACUAGCCCCGGUGAAAUAUGAAUAUCUAGACCAUACUGCUGACGUUCAACUUCACUCUUGGGGCGACACCUUAAAAGAGGCAUUCGAACAAUGCGGCCAAGCGAUGUUUUCCUACAUGACCGAAAUCCAAUCGGUAGAAAUCAAGCAAUGUCACGAAAUAGAGGCUGAGGGCACCGACUUAGAAAACCUCUUGUAUCACUUCCUCGAUGAACUGCUAUUUUUGUUUAGCUGUGAUCCAUUUCUUAUCUGUUCCAAGCUGGUUAUAACAGAAUUUUUAACAGGGGAAGAGUUUAGGAUUAAGUGCAAAUGUUACGGAGAAGAGUUUGUUAUAGGAAAGCAUCCACAGGGGACAGAAGUUAAGGCAAUAACUUAUUCAGCCAUGCAGAUUAUUAAUGAGCCGGAGAACAGGAGGUUCGAGUGUUUUGUGAUUAUUGAUAUUUAAAGGUUUGUUGACUAAAAUAUUUGUAAAUUAUGUUAAAGAUUAAAAAUUCAUUUAUAAGAAGAUUAAAUUGAUUCAGUUUAUUUGCCAAAA